AUGCACUUCGCUACUACUCUCGCUGCGGCCAUGUUCGCACUUGGCGCCCAGGCUGCCUUCCCUGUUGCCAGCCUCGAGUUCCAGUCGUGGGAACAGUGUGAAAUUGGCUUCUCUGUUCACGGCGAGCCUAAGUUCAAGGCUGAUGUGACUGCGACCCCCUUGACGUGCGACAAGACAACCGUCGACCGCGACUGGAGCAUCAACAACUAUGCUUUCAAGGCUUUCAUCGACACCAAGGAUGCUCUCCUCUGCUCCGGUGUUACUAUUUGGAACUCUGAUGAUUGCUCUGGCGAACCCUGGUCGUUCGUGCCCUUCGAUGGAAAGCCUGUUGUCGAGGGCGUUUGCCUGCCCGAUUCUUUGGACCCUGGCUUUGUUUCCUUCAAGCUUGAUUGCUUCGGUUUCCCCGGGGGUGCUGGAGGUCCCUAA